AUGGCAAGUGAGCCAAGUGGCGAAAAUAAUACUUCUCAAAGUAUUGGAAGUUCCGAACCAUCUACAAUAAAAAGAAAGUCUAAUGAUAUUGGUUGGGAAUAUGGAGUACUACAUGAUCCUAGUAAGUCAAUGGAUAAGAUUCGAUGUUUAUUGUGUAAGAAAGUAAUGUCCGGUGGAGUGUAUAGGAUUAAAGAGCAUAUUGCUGGCAUACCAGGGAAUGUAAGCAAAUGCCCCACAGCUUCAAAGGAUGAUCAAAUCAAAUGUAGGGAAGCUCUCAUGAUGGCAAAGAACAAAAAGAAGAAUAAGAGAGUUGAAGAAGUUAAUCUAAGAGCGGAGGUAAGCAUCAAUGCGCAUGACUUAGAGAGUAUGAGUAACCCAAUAGAUGUUGAUGAGGUGCAACAGUUUGGACCCUUGAAACCACCUCGUCCAAUUGCCCCAAUGGAUAAGUUUGCAAAUCAAAUCAAUCCUGAAUCUUCUUUGAGUUCAGGAAAGGGCACGGCACAACAGCGAAUUAUUCAGGCCUUUGACAAAGAAAGAGAAAAUCGUGUAAAAGAAUACGUAUGCAGAUGGGCCUAUGAAACAGCUAUUCCUUUUCAUGCUUUUGAGAAAGAUAGCUUCAAGUUGUUGCUUGAAGCAGUUGGUCAAUAUGGUCCGGGGUUUCAUGGACCAAAUAGAUAUGAGAUGAGUGAAACGUUUUUAAAAAAAGAGGUUGAUCGAGUUAAAGAAGGUUUGAAGGUACAUGAAGCAGAGUGGAAACUUAAUGGAUGCUCAAUUAUGACAGAUGCAUGGACAGAUAGGAAAAGAAGAAGCGUUAUGAACUUGUGUGUUAAUUCAAGGAUGGGCACAGUUUUUAUAUCUUCUAAAGAAUGUUCUAUUGAAGCACACACAAGUCAGUUUAUCUUUGAGUAUGUUGAGCAUGGUAUUCAACAAGUUGGGGAGGGGAAUGUUGUUCAAAUUGUCACAGAUAAUGCCGCGAACAACAUGGGAGCUGCUAAGUUGUUGAAGGAGAAGAGACCACUUAUAUUUUGGACUUGUUGUGCAACUCAUUCCAUCAAUUUAAUGCUUGAAAGCAUAGCAGGUUUGCCAAGGUUUAAGAAAGUUCUUGACCAAGCAAAGACAUUGACUAUCUUUUUCUAUGCACACCAUAAGACAUUGGCCAUGAUGAGAUCCUUUACAAAGAAGCGUGACAUAAUUAGGCCAGGUGUGACUAGGUUUGCUUCUGCAUUUCUUACUUUACAGAGUUUACUUGAUAAGAAAAUUGAGCUAAAAGCUAUGUUUACAAGCAAUGAAUGGGAUGAGUGCAAAUUUGCCAAAACAGUUAAAGGGAAACAUGCUUUUAAUACUGUCUUGAGUCAGGAUAAGAAACCUUCCAUGGGAUUUGUAUAUGGUGAGAUUAUGCAUGCCAAAGAAGAAAUAAAGAGGGCUUUGAAUGGAGUUGAAAAGAAUUAUGAGCCUAUUAUUAGAAUAAUUGAGGAGAAGAUGAAAAAUAGGCUAGACACCCCUCUACAUUUGAUGGCUUACUUUCUGAAUCCUUAUUACCAUUAUAAGGAUCUUCUACUUCAUAGGGAUGCUGACAUUUCUUUUGGAAGUAUUGAGUUUCUUGAGACAUAUUACUUUGAAGACUUAGACAUGCAAAACAAGGUACUAAAAGAAGAAUUAUCCAAGUAUAAGUUGAAAGAAGGCAUGUUUGGAAAAUUGAUUGCAAUAAAAGGUUGUGAGUCUAAUGAUGCGCAAUAUGAUCCGGGAACUCCAAACUUGAGAACACUAGCAAUGAAGAUUCUAUCUCUUACCUCAAGUUCUUCAGGAUGUGAAAGGAAUUGGAGUACAUUUGAAGGGGUUAGUUGA